ACACACCGGGAUCAAGGAGGAGGAGGACGGUCUGGAUGAGAUGGACUUUGGAAUGGAUAUUACACUUACAAGCUGAAGGAUGAAGACAGUGUAAGUGCACAUAGAUAAUAUGAGAUAGAUAUACAGAUGCAAUUCCACAGCACAGUCCAAACAAGUGUAUGGAUGCUAGGACUCGAACUAUGGAAGAUCAUCACAUGCCAAGCAGCACAAGGCAGCGCUACAAAUACAUCUAUGUGAAGAUGUCCCCGGUGCUCUUUGGAGUGAUUUUGGCUAACGCAGUGUUUAAAGGUAUGUGUGAGCCAACUCAAUCAUGGUCAGACAGGGCAGAAAGAGGACUUUUGGAUGUGCCAGACUCGAACCUUCUGAUCCAGAAGGAUGCAGUGUACCAUCUUGUGAACACAUCGUUCACUUUCGAACAAGCUCUGCGUUACUGCCGUGGUCAGUCCAGCGGCCUCACAACCUCAGGGGUCAAAGAGGACGAGGAGGGGGCCCGGAAGUUACUCUCUAAAUUUAGCAUGCAGGGCCCAGUUUGGUUUGAAACCAACAAAAAACAGAACCCACCAACUCAUCUGGCCCUUCCCAAACAAAAAACGAUCCUCAGAGGAUUGUCUUUCACGUCUAAGGACGGCUAUGCGCGUGUGAACGCGUCUUUCCCGCCGCUGUCCGCGGUGAGCGUUUGCUUGCGCGUGCAGUGGGACCCGCGGCGAAAUGACGUGUCCACGGUGUUCUCGUACGCGGCGCGCGCUUUCGUCAAUGAAUUCCAGCUGCGCGGAAAGACAGACGACAGAAAAGUCCGCCUAGCGCUUCUCAUUCAAGGACAGCAUCAUCGGCACAAAGCCGAGCUGCCCGUUGAUGGAGAGUGGCACCAUGUCUGCGUCACGUGGCGCGCGAGCGAUGGGUUUUGGGCCAUUUACGUGGACGGGGAAACGGGAGAUUCAGAGAAAGGGAAAGCUCGGGGAAAUGCAAAGGAUAUCCACGGAGACGGGAUAUUUAUAUUGGGCCAAGACCAGGAUACUUUUGGUGGGAACUUCACGGAGCCGUUUUUUGGGAACUUGACCGAUCUGAGCGUCUGGGGUGAAGCUCUGGAGUUCGAACAGGUGACGGCGCUGCACACCUGCUCGCAGCUGACCAAUCACAGAGCCGUGUUCAGAUGGCAGGACUGGAGCCUCGCUGUCCAUCAGUCUGUGCAGAACGUGUCUGCUACACUCACCUGUCCAGGGUCCCUGAAGUCAACAGAGAAACAGGAAGAGGAAUGUGAGGUUUUUAAUGGCUGGCCUGACCGUCAGCCUCAGUACAGCACUGCCCCCUGCACACACACGCUCCCCUUCAUCUGCAGAGUCAGCAAAGACCAUUAUCUGAAGAUGAAGAACCUGAAAGAAUCUCUGACGUCCAACCCAAGCUCCUUCAUGCAAAGUCUCAUGCAGUAUGGCGUGACUGCAGACGAUGUGCUCUCUGAUGCUGUAGAUGGGCAGAGCUGGACCUCGGUGUCCCGUCUGUUGAACGUGUCUGAGCAGGUUGUUUUGAAGGAGCAGAAGCAGCUGGAGGACAGGGACAUGCUCUCUCUGAUGCAUGUUCUCUCUCGGGCCGCUGACCUGCCCUGCACUGCCAACCAUAGCCGGCGUGAUGCGGAGAGGCUCGGCCAGAGCUUCAUCACCAUUGCAGAUUCACUCAUCAGCCAAGACAAUGUCAGUAAAUGGAACAGCAUCAAAGAGGUAGUGAAGGGCCCAAUGGCAGUCAUGCAGACUGUAGAGCGCAUGGUGAGCAACCUUAACUCUCUGCUGACAGACGACACAGACAGUGUGCAGAUACACAGCGACAAUAUCAAGCUGCAGGUCCAGCAGAAGCUGCUGUCUGAAGGUUCUCACGUUUCUGUGUUUUGUGGACUGGAUGCGGGAAAUCGUGACUGCAUCUCUGUCCCAGCUGAAAACAUGAAGGAACUACAGAACAAUGGCUUCAAAAAGGUGACUUUACUGAAUACAUGGUACAGCUCUGUGAAAUGUCUCUCAGAGAGAGAGGAGAACAUUACCCUUUCUCCUAUAGUCAGUGAUGGAUCUCAUAGGCAUGUGCGAACAGUCUUGGGCUCAUCGGUCAUCUCCAGUACAGUGCUGGCAGAUGGACAGCCGAUCAGCAUGGCCAUAAACUUCACACUCCAGCACAAAAUUCAGAACAGUUCACUGAAUUUGACACCUAUCUGUUCUUUUUGGGAUUUUGACCUGAUGCCAGAGGGGGGAGGGUGGUCAACAAAGGGUUGCACCUCUAUUUCCACUAAGAAUAACUCAACUUCCUGUUCCUGUAACCACACUACCAACUUUGCCUUGCUGUUACAGAUCUCCGAAGUUCAGGAAGCCUGUUGGCUGGUGACGGCGCUCCUGCAUCUGUUUUUCCUGUCGUCUUUCUGCUGGAUGCUGGUGGAGGGCUUGCUGCUCUGGAGUAAAGUGGUCUCUGUGAACAUCAGCGAGGAGAGGCGGAUGAAGCUGUACUAUGUGCUGGGCUGGGGGCUGCCGGUUGUUAUAGUCGCUGUAACCUUGGCAGCCACUUUGGAUCGGUAUAAAGCACAGCAGUACUGCUGGCUGAACCUUCAGUCGCACGUUAUUUGGGCUUUUGCAGGGCCUGUGCUCUUUGUUUUGGCCGUCAACGCUGUGGUGCUUUUUCGGGUUGUAAUGGUUACAGUGGCCAGUGCACGUCGCAGAGCCAAAAUGCUGACGCCCAGUUCUGAUUCGAAACUUCACACGCUGGACCUUACCUGGGCAGCGACGAGGCCAGUAUUGAUCCUGUUACCAGUGUUAGGUCUGACCUGGCUGUGUGGAGUGCUGGUGCAUUUAUCUGUUGUCGUGGCCUAUCUGUUCAUUACACUCAAUGCUUUUCAGGGCCUGUAUAUUUUUCUGGUGUAUGCGGUUUACAACAGUGAGGUGCGAAAUGCUAUAAGAAGAAUUCAGGACAAGCGAAAAGCUUUGUCAUUUACAAACUGCUCACAGCCUAUCAGCUUCUUGCCCUCCCAGAAAUCUCCCAGUGCUUCAUGGGUACACAGCCUGCCGACUCAUUCCAGCCCAGAGAGCAGCGAGAGCUCGACUCCCAUCACCACUUCCACAGCCAACUCGCUCGUCUUUAAGAACGAACGGUUUAAAGAGGACCAUAUUGUGAAUUUCCCAUUGAAACCAGCCAACAGAAGUCAGGUGGUUCAGCUGACAGCCUUUAAGCCCUCAGGCUGUUGAGAGGAAAACUACACACUACAGUUCUGCAUGGACUCGUGACUUAUCCUGGGAUGAAGACGUAGCCCAUUCUGUGGAGGAGCGAUCACUGCCUCCUCCGCAAUCCUGCAGGCCGUCUCAUUCCCAGAGCUCAGUCUGUGUUGAGUGAGUAAAGGUUUUCUGAUAACCAUGAAACCACUCUUUCAACAAAUGUUCAAUGAGACGGCCCUCAGCCCGGAGCGUAAAGAAUUCUCAGCGUUGUGUAUAUGGUCAUCAUUUAAUAAUGUAUAGAUGUUGUCAGAGUACAGAGGCUCACAGUACUAAAAAUGGACAACAUGAGCAUCAUCACACCAUUAAUCGUGACCAGACAACAGAAUGAGUUGUUAGUGAUUUUCGACUUCGGUUGGGAACGAGCAGCCCAUCCGUGGAGAUUUACAUUCAGUAUUUUGCAGAAGAAGAAAACUGUGGACAAUGAAACCUAUCAGCUGUUUGAUCUUUCUGUAGAGAUCU